AUGGAAGCUAGAACAGAUCGUUUCACUGACACUGUGUUUUCUUGGUCGUUUGAAGACAUUUUCAAUGAAAAUCUUUACAAGAAAGAGGUGCAAAAAAUUCCUGAAUCAUUUGAUUCGGUUAAGCAUUAUUUUUCUUCUUAUUUAUAUCCAUUAUUGGAAGAAACUCGAGCACAGGUGCAUUCAAGUAUGGAAACCGUUGACAGAUCACCAUUUGCUGAAGUUGUUGCUUUUGAAAAAUGCAAUCCUUAUGGUCCUUAUGGGGAAAAUGUAUAUCAUAUCAAGGUUGAUUGCUGGAGAAACAGGUUCAAUGAUCGUGGCAAGGAACCAUACAAAACUUUGCCGGGGGAUCUUUUAAUUGUCUUAGCAGAUGCCAAACCCGAAACGGUUUCUGAUUUACAAAGGGUAGGGAGGUCCUUCUGGGCUUUUGUUUCAGUCACGUAUGUCCCAGAAAAUGAGGACGAGGAUGACAUUGACAGUACUUCUCUUUAUUUUAGAGUCAAGGCAUCCAAAGAUUUUGAAGUCAACGAUAGCACUCAUACAUCACUGUUUUUGGUUUUCCUGGUGAAUUUAAUCCCUAAUAGCAGAAUAUGGAAAGCAUUGCACAUGUUCGGAAAUCUGAAGAUUAUCAAGGAAGUUUUGUGCACCGAUUCUGUGGCUCAGAAAAACAAUUAUCUCUGUUCUGAAACGAAUGAUGACAUUCGGGAUAAGUGGUUAGUUGAGAGUUCAUCAUCAGGAUUGAAUGAGUCCCAAACUGGGGCAGUUUUGGCCUGCCUUGAAAUGCUGCGUUGUGAUUCCAAGUCUACCGUGCAACUUAUAUGGGGUGCACCCGGGACAGGAAAAACUAAAACCACAGUGACGCUUCUUUUUACUCUGUUACGGAUGAAAUGUAGGACUCUAAUUUGUGCUCCAACAAAUGUUGCAAUAACUGAAGUUGCUUCUUGUGUUCUAAAGAUGGUAACUGAAGCAAAGUCCAAUUCUUUAGGAGAAAUUCUUCUAUUUGGGAAUAAGGAGCGACUGAAAGUUGGUCCACACAUUAAAGAUAUAUAUUUGAAUGAGCGUGUCAAAAGGCUAGGGGAGUGCUUGGGGCCAGUGACUGGAUUAUUUGAUUCCAUUGAAUCAUUAUUGGAUGAUGAUUUUGGUUCUGAAGCAUUGGAACACCUUUGUUCAUGUUCAGAAGUUGAAGAUGUGCCAGAGUCAUUUGUAGAUAACUCAUUUCUGCUGUGCAUGAAGAGAAAAGAAUGCCUUUCAGUAUUACGUACUCUACAGGAUUCUCUUAGUGGACUUGACCUUCCAAAUUUUGGGAAUGGAGAAUCUCUAAUGAAAUUCUGUUUUCAAAGAGCUUCCUUAGUUUUUUGUACUGCGUCGAGUUCGUAUAAGCUGCAUAGAGUGGCAAUGGAGCCACUGACCAUUGUUGUUAUUGAUGAAGCUGCACAAUUGAAAGAGUGUGAAUCAACAAUACCCCUGCAACUUCCAGGUGUGAAGCAUGCUGUUCUUGUUGGUGAUGAAUGUCAGUUACCAGCUACGGUGAAUAGCAAUGUUUCUGUUAAGGCUGGUUUUUCAAGAAGCUUGUUUGAGAGGUUGAGCUCAAUGGGCCACUCUAAACACCUUCUGAAUAUGCAAUACAGAAUGCAUCCCUCAAUAAGUUUGUUCCCAAAUUCAAAUUUCUAUAACAACCAGAUCCUAGACGCUCCAAAUGUUAAAAAAAGAAGCCAUGAGAAACACUAUCUCCCAGGGUCAAUGUUUGGUCCCUUUUCUUUUAUAAAUGUAAUUGGUGGAAGAGAGGAGAAGGAUGAGGAUGGACGUAGUAGAAAGAAUAUGGUCGAGGUUGCUAUUAUUCUGAAAAUACUGCGGAAGCUGUACAAAGAAUGGAUUGUUUCAAAACAGAAACUCAGUAUUGGGGUGGUAUCACCGUAUGCUGCUCAAGUAGUUGCAGUUCAGGACAAACUUCCACAGAAGUAUGACAAGAUCGGCUUUACAGUGAAGGUGAAGACGGUUGAUGGGUUCCAGGGUGGGGAAGAUGACAUAAUUAUUGUCUCCACUGUACGAUCCACCAUUCGUCAAUCCAUUGAUUUUAUAUCAAAACCACAAAGAGUUAAUGUUGCUCUUACAAGGGCUAGGCAUUGCCUUUGGAUUCUGGGAAAUGAGAGGACUCUAUCUGAUGGGGAAUCUGUUUGGAAGGACUUGGUCCUUGAUGCCAAACGUCGUCAGUGCUUCUUUAAUGCUAAUGAAGACAAGGAUUUGGCUGGGGUCAUAUUAGAGGUGAAGAAAGAGUUCGACCAAUUGGAUGAUUUGCUGAAUUCUAACAGCAUGUGUUUUAGAAGUUCUAGAUGGAAGGUACUUUUCAGUGAUAACUUUCUGAAGUCAUUCAAAAAGCUGAAGUCAACCAGUUUGAAGAAGUCUGUAUUAUAUCUUCUGCUGAAGCUUUCCGCUGGUUGGAGAUCUAAGAAGCCAAAUGUUUGUGGAAGCUCUUCACCAAUCUUGAGGCAAUAUAAGGUUGAAGGUCUAUACAUUGUUUGCACAACUGACAUUGCAAAGGAUGUGAAAUACAUUCAAAUAUUGAAGAUUUGGGACAUAUUGCCUCUAAGGGAUAUUCCAAAAUUGGUAAAACGUCUAGAGAAUAUUUUGAAAAGAUAUACAGAUGAUUUUAUCAAUCGGUGCAAGGAGAAAUUAAUUGAGGGUAAUUUGGAAGUUCCCAGGAGCUGGCCACCCUCUUUGGACAUUGUCAGGUUCAAGGAUCUUAGCAUCACUGAAAACCAGAGUGAUUUAGUUGGUGAUAAUGAUUCUGACGGUAGAAGUUAUGUUGAGAAUGCACAGGUCAGCGAGAGUUUGCAGCUCUUGAAAUUUUACUCCUUGUCAUCUGGUGUAGUAAACCACUUGCUUUCUGACCAUGAGGGUAGAGAGUUGGAUCUUCCAUUCGAUCUUACAGACCAGGAAAUGGAGAUUAUUCUUUAUCGUAAAAGUAGCUUUAUAGUUGGACGGUCAGGAACAGGUAAGACCACGGUUUUAACCAUGAAAUUGUUUCAGAAUGAACAACGUUACCAAUUGGCAGUGCAAGGAUGCGUUAGUUGUCAAAAUAGCAUGGUUGAGCAGAGUACUUCAGCUACUAAGGGAACUCUACACCAACUUUUUGUGACCGUGAGUCCUAAACUGUGUUUUGCCAUCAAGCAACAUGUUUUAAACUUAAAAAGUUUUGCAUGUGGUGGAAGUGAUUCAACUGAAAAGAGUUUGAUAGAUAUGGCUGAUUUUGAUGAGGGGGAAGCCCAAUUCAAGGAUAUCAAGGAUUCAUUUCAUGAUAUUCCUCCCAAUUCUUACCCUCUUGUCAUAACAUUCCAUAAGUUCUUGAUGAUGCUUGAUGGAACACUGGGGAACUCAUACUUUGAAAGAUUCCUUGAUGCAAGAGAACUUACACACGGUCAAUUGAAAAGUUCAAGAUCAGUUGCUUUGCAGACCUUUAUAAGGACAAAGGAGGUGAAGUAUGAGAGAUUCAGUUCAUCUUACUGGCCCCAUUUUAAUAUCCAGUUAACAAAGAUGCUCGAAGCUUCAAGAGUCUUUACAGAGAUAAUAUCUCAUAUUAAAGGUGGUUUGGAAGCUAUGGAAGCAGGUGAUGGUAAACUCAAUCGCCAGGAUUAUGUUCGACUGUCAGAGAGCCGGGGUUCCAAUUUAAGCAAGCAAAAGAGAGAAGCAAUAUACGAUAUAUUUCAGGCUUAUGAAAAAAUGAAGAUGAAAAAUGGUGAAUUUGAUCUGGCUGAUUUUGUAAUUGAUCUUCACCAUCGUCUUAGGCAUGAAAAAUAUGGGGGUGAUCAAAUGGACUUCGUUUAUAUCGAUGAGGUUCAAGAUCUCACAUUGAGUCAAAUUGCUCUGUUUAAACAUAUGUGCAUCAAUAAUGAAGAGGGAUUUAUUUUUUCUGGUGAUACAGCACAAACAAUUGCAAGGGGUAUUGAUUUUAGGUUCCAAGAUAUACGACAUUUGUUCCACAAGAAGUUUGUGUUGGAAUCAAGAAGCAAUAAGCUUGAAGAAAGAAAAGAAAAGGGACAAAUUUCAAAAAUGUUUCAUUUGACUCAAAAUUUCCGUACCCAUUCUGGUAUAGAUGUACUCUUGUACAACUUUUUUGGCUCAUCACCACUGAAAAACAAAUGGAGAGUCAUAUAUGAUUACAUGAAGGAACGAGGUUUACUUGACUCAACAUUACCAAAGUGCUUUCCAAGUUUCAAUGAAUCUAAGCACAACAUCCUAUGCUCUGAAUUGAAGCAAUUAUAUGUUGCUGUUACUCGUACGAGACAGAGAUUGUGGGUUUGUGAGAGUGUAGAAGAGCUCUCCAAACCGAUGUUUGACUAUUGGAAGAAGAAAUGUCUUGUACAAGUUAGGCAACUGGAUGAUUCACUUGCACAGGAGAUGCAAGUUGCAAGCAGGCCAGAGGAGUGGAAAUCACGGGGAAUUAAGGUUUGCAUAAUUGUGGGAACCAAUUAA